AUGAAGGGUGAAAUAGAUAAAAUUAUCUCCUUUUCAGAUGAAGACAGAACCACCGAACUUCAGAAGUACCUAACAUCUCUGACUAAUGACCAAAUUAUUACUGUGAUAACCAAUGGUGCCCUUAAGGGUAAGAAGGUCGGUGCCAUGCUUAAAGGCAUAUUAAAGGGCUCUCCGCCUAACUCCACUGAAGGAGCAAAUCGCAGGCUUCUUGUAUACGAACACUGUAUUCCUCUGUGUGAGUCUGGGGAUCUUCAGUCUGAGGUAGCAGCUGAUAUCAUUGGCCUGCUGAUGCUGGAGACUCACACGCUCUCCGGACCAUCUCUUGCAAAACUGGCAUCUCUGUUUGUCGACGCCAUUAAAGUGGGGAAAAUGGGCGGUGGGAAAUCCCUGGAGCUGUUUCCUACUGUUCUCACUGCCCUUGCUGCGAGUGAAGCCUUGGCAUAUGGCAAAGGAGAGCUCAGUGGCGAGGAAUACAAAAAACAGGUGAUUAACAGCCUUUGCUCAAGCAGAUGGGAUCCACAGUGUGUCAUCCACUUGACAACUAUGUUCAGAGACGUGCCCCUGUCGUCAGAGGAGCUGCAGUUUCUGGUUGAGAAGAUAUUGAGGAUGUUCACCAAACUGGACCUGCAAGAGAUUCCACCACUGGUUUACCAGCUGCUGCUUUUAACUGCUAAGGGAUGUAAAAAACGGGUCCUUGAUGGAAUCGUUGGCUACUUUAAGGAGCAAGAUCUUCACCAGGAAGAAGAGGAGAAACAUGGAGAGAACUUGGAUUUAGAGGUUCAGUCCAUUCCACAAGACCAGCUGAGGCAUGUAGAGGGCACCGUUAUCCUCCAUAUAGUUUUUGCUAUACGACUCGAUCAUGAGCUUGGGAGAGAAUUCCUUAAAAGCUUCAAGGUGUCGUAUGAGGAUUUAUGUCCUUUCAGUGUUGCCCUGUUGCUGUCAGUUGCACGUAUCCAACGUUAUGAAGAGCAGGUGUUUGACCUUUUUAAAACCUCAGUUAUUAAGAGUUUUAAGGAUGAGCAGCUACAACAAGGGUCAAAGUUCAUACAGGAUCUUCUGUCAAGGCAAUGUAAUGUUGCUAAAUUGAUUCUGGACACAGUCAAGAACAGUGUAUUUGGAUGGGAUCAUGUCACUCAGGGAUUGGUGCAGCUGGGAUUCUUCCUUAUGGACACAUUUGGACCCAAACCUGGACCGUUUGGAAAAGCCACGGAGGGACCUGUUGGUGUAGCCCGGACCCCCACUCAGCAGGCGUGUAAGCUGGGAGGACAGGUGCUCCUACAGGGCUUUAAGAUGCAUGAACCGAUCAGAGGCGAGAUACUGGAGCAGGUCUUGAAUCGUCUGGUCACAAAGACGGCCACACCUGUCAGUCAUUACUUGGAUCUUUUCUCAGACAUUGUGGUCUCUGCUCCCAUGAUCCUCCUGGAGUCAUCCUCCAAGCUGACGGAAACAUUUGACCACUUGACUUACCUGCCUUUGGCCACUGUUCAGGGUCUGCUAAAGGCUGUCCAGCCACUGCUCAAGGUCAGCACGUCUUUGAAAGAUACUUUAAUUCUGGUUCUUCGCAAGGCUAUGUUUUCAAGCCAGCUGGAUGGCAGGAAGUCUGCAGUGACUGGCUUCUUGCUGUUGCUGAAAAACUUUAAAGUGUUGGGCAGUGUGGCCUCAAGCCAGUGCAGCCAGGCAAUCUCCUCCAGCCAGAUUCAAGUGGAUGUUCAUUCUCGCUACAACUCUGCUGCCAAUGAAGCCUUCUGCCUGGAGAUCCUCAGCAGCCUGCGGCGCUGCCUUGGCCAGCAGGCUGAUGUGCGCCUCAUGCUCUAUGAGGGUUUCUACGACGUUCUUCGUCGCAACUCUCAGCUUUCAAGCUCCAUUAUGCAAACCCUCCUCUCACAGCUGAAGCGAUACUAUGAGCCUGAACAGGACCUUCUGCCCCCGAUCAAACUGGAGCCAUGCAUCACUGCUCACGGGGACCAGAUUUACCUCCAGGAGCCACUGGCCCAUCUGGUGAGCUGUACUGUGCACAGCCUGCUGUGGCUGCAGAACACGCACAAAGCAACCAACUCCAACGCUGACAGCGAUGAGGAGGAAGAAAAUGGGGAGGGAUAUCAGUGUGACCUGCAGACAAUCCUGGAAAGCACGACACGACGCAUGAUCAAGUGUGAACUGGAGGACUUUGAACUGGACAAGUCUGCAGAGUUUUCUCUGGGAUCUGGUGUUGGAGUGAAGAACAACAUUUAUGCUGUGCUGGUGAUGGGAGUGUAUGAGGUCCUAAUGGAAUACAACUUCAUCAAAUCCAACUACAAUAAAAGUCACUUUGAGGGGAUUAUUGAGCUGUUCAAACGCUACCACAAACUGUCUGAGAUCUUGAAAGAGAAAUCUGGAAAAGGUCGAGUGCCCACAAACAAGAUCCCCCGCAGUUUACUCUCUAUGAGCUUCAUAUCAACUCUCAUCACUGUGCUCUUCAGAGAUAACACUCAGUCCAGAGAAGAGGCUCUUUCAGUACUUCGCUCAAACGGAGAGUUUGUGCGUUACGCUUUAAAUGUAGUCGUUCAGAAGAUCCAACAACUGGAGGAAACUGGACACACAGAUGGUCCAGAUGGACAGAAUGCAGACAAGACUUUCCACUUCCUCUGUGACAUGACCAGUGUGCUGAUGUGGCGUUACACGAACAUCCCCAGUGUGGUGGAGGAGGCCGGGAAGAAGGAGAAGCGGUGCAGCUUGUCCCAGCUUUGUUUGGAUGGUCUGCUCAGGAUCUUCACAAUCUGCCAGCAGCGCUACCUGGAGAAGAUGGCACAACUUUUUUCUGCUAUGGAUGUUGGAGAAGAAGAAGCUGAGCAAGAUGAUGUUAAUGAGAUGAACUACUUUUACAUUCGACAAUUUCAGAGGGCGCUGUUCACCCAGUUAAGUGGAGGUGAGGAGGAAUUCAACAGCAGAGAAGCUCAGCUGCUGGUCAGUAUUCUGACUGUUCUCUCACGCCAGCUCCAGCCCUCCUCAAAACAGUUUGAACAGAUGAUCACAUGGACUGUGAAAAUCUGUAAGGAGACUAGUUUUGAGGAUUCUGCGUUCUCCAAGGGCCUUCUGUCACUUUUCUUCAGUUUGCAUGUUCUCUACAAGAGUCCUGCGAGUCUGUUGCUGGAGCUUUGCCAAGACAUUCACAGCCAGUUGGGAGAUAUUGAUCAGGAUGUGGAGGUGGAGAAACGGUCUCAUUUUGCCGUUGUCAACAUGAAAACGGCAACAACAGCAACAUUGCUGGUUCUGUCACAGGUCGACAAAGUUCUUGACGAGGUGGACUGGCUUAUUGCCAGAAAGAAAAAUCAAACAUCUGAUAAAUCUGGUUCUGCCGAGGACUCCCAGGCUCCAGGGCAGCAGGAUCCAGUUGAGAAAGCGGUGACGCUGCAGCUGGGAACUCUCCUGACCGCAUUAAACGAGCUCGUCCAGACGGCGCUUCAGCUGGGAACCUGUACCCUCACGCUGCUGAGAGAAUUAAGUCGUACCUACACCACCCUCACAACCCUGGUCAAAUAUUACAUCCAGAUGUGUUCCAACCAGCACGCUGCACUGCCAGCUCGAUUUGAGAAGCUGGUUAAACUGUCUGGCGCCCACCUAACACCACAGUGCUACUCCUUUAUCACAUACGCACAGAACGGUGAAUUUGGUGGUGGUUCAGAUGAGAAGAAGAAAAAGAAAAGGAAUGAAGUGAACUCUGUUGCCUCGACGAAGCUUCUGCGUGAGACAAAGGCCAUCCCGAACUUGAUCUUCAGCAUUGAACAGUAUGAGAAAUAUCUCAUCACACUCUCAAAGAAAUCAAAGGUAAAUCUGAUGCAGUACAUGAAGCUGAGCACCUCAAGAGAUUUCCGUAUCAAUGCUGCAACCCUGGAUGCAGCGCUGCAUGAGCAAGAUGGCAGUCAGGAGGUUGAGGAGUCACAGGACACGGAGGAGUCACAGGAACCCAAACAGAAGAAGAGAAAACAGUGA